CCUCCCGCCAAUCAGAGUAGGGACAGCUCCAGGAUUGGGCCAAUGAGAUUAUACGGAUUUCACGCCACGCCCCCGGCCCCUCCCACAGCCGAAGCCUUCGCGAGAACAUCAUGUUUGGAAAAGUAAAACAUCGACAUAGAGUUUAUUUCUCUGCUCGUCCUCUGGGGCAGAAAACACACGAAGAAGAGACUGGAGGAAACGUGACGUCAUUUAUAGGCGACUGCGCGCGUGUCUGUCUUUCGGUGCACAGACGGCGCGGAAACAUGAGGACCCUGGGCUUCUGUGGAGACUGGCUCGUGACCAGCUGUGGCACGAAGCUCGUGGCGGUUCACACGAAGGAGGACAGAGAGGCGUUUGUGUUUGACUGCAGCCUCGCUGAGAAGAAGCCGAAACAGACGAAGGGCGAUGACACCAGCGAGGAAACGGGAAACGACGAGGUGCUCGCCGUCGCCACAUCUGCAUCUGGAAAGUUGUUGGCGCUGACUGAUGACACGAAGAGGCUGGUCCUGUUUGGCUGUGAGCCCUCGUGGAGAUGCAUCAGCACCAGGUGGGUGGUCAGGAGGUGCACCGCGCUGACCUUCAGCCGGGCGGAAGACGAGCUGCUGCUGGCCGACAAGUCUGGAGACGUCUACAGCUUCUCGGUGGUGGAGGCGCAGAGGGACGGCGAGCUGAAGCUGGGUCACCUGUCCAUGCUGCUGGCUGUGGUCAUUUCUCCAGACGACAGGUUCAUCAUCACAGCCGACCGCGACGAGAAGAUCAGGGUGAGCCACCGGAGAUCCCCCUACAACAUCCAGGCCUUCUGCCUCGGCCAUCGACAGUUCGUCAGCGCUCUGCACAUCCCAGCGGGACGUCCUGAUUGGCUACUCUCUGGAUCAGGGGACGGGACCGUGAAGCUGUGGGAGUUCGAGUCCGGCCGACAGCUGCAGAGCUGGGAGCUCCAGCAGGACGUGUCUGCAGCUGAACAGAACCAGAACCAGGUCCAUCCUGCUGCAGACCAGGAUGCAGCUGUUUGCAGCGUCACCAGCUCGCCGGAUGCUCACCACGUGGCCAUUCUGUGUGAGAGAGACUCCAGCCGUCAUUUGUUCUGUCUGGACUCGGAUGGAGGGACUGGCUUCGGCCCCCCCCACAUGCUGUCUCUGGCCUGCUCUCCUCUGGACGUGAGCUUUGACCAGGAAGGCCGGCUGUGGGUUCUGAUGGACUCCUGUGAGGACCCGGUCCAAGUCCUCUGCUGCAGUCAGAGCGGCUGGCAGAGCCUCAGGGGGGGGAGUGGGGGUCCUGAACUCUGUCGAGUGAUGGGAGGUCUGAAGCCCCACUGGAGCCGUUCUGAGGCGUCCACCAGGAGCUUCCAGCACCUGUUCAAGGUGAGCUACGACAACGUGACGUCGUACCUGCAGAAGAAGCAGCAGCGGCUGGAGGAGCAGCUGAAGAGGAGGGCGGCGCAGGAGGAGAAGAGCAACAAGAAGUCCAGGGGGGAGGAGUCCAGCCCGGAGAACCCGGAGGAACCGGAGAACAUCUGAACAUGUGCUGAACCCAAUCAAAUGCUCCAGAACCGUGGGAGGGUCCGAGGACCGCUUUAGCUCCACCUGGUCUGGACUCGGAACCAGACCUUCAGAGGAGGUCUGCUGGACGGAUGGAUCUUCCCAGCAGAGCCAAGUCUUCAUGGACUUUGUUUCAUUGACUUGACAUUGGUUCUAGCAGAACCCUGGAGAGGUUCUUCAUGAACAUUCUGGACUGAUCCACUUCCACGACUCGCUUGAUGGUCCUUCUAGAAGCUUUUUGUCAGAGCAGCUCUGUGAUGCCUCUGCGGUCAUCAGAACUUUGUGUUUCAUGACUGAGAGAAGGUCUUCAUCACUUCUUCACCGUAAUCCAGUUGAACUUUGUUUUUUACAUCUCAAUAAAACCCCCCUCACCCCGUGA